GAGCGAGGAGCUUAACGGAACUGACCCGGAAAUAAUCGUAUUCUCAGGUGAGAAGUGCUUUGGGACUAUGAGAGUUUACCUGAGUAUAGUGAAGUCCACUUACAAGAAAGAGCCAGGAUUGAAUUACGAUUUUCUUUGAAGAAUCCAUACGUGGUAGUUUUUGUUUUAAAAAUGAAAGAGUGGUGGAUCCAGGUUGCACUUCUCGCUGCACCACUUAUUGCAGUCUACCUUCACCUUCCUCCCCCGAGUCUCUCACCGUCUCUCUAUUCAUGGCGAAUGGCUGGAGCCUUCUUUACUUACAAAGACCACCGCAUAUUUUACAGAGAUUCUCUGGGUGCUGUUGGCAGUUCCGACAUAGUGAUCCUUUUGCAUGGUUUCCCAACAUCAAGCUAUGAUUGGCACAAGAUCUGGGAAGGCUUAACUCUGAGGUUUAAUCGAGUUAUCGCAUUAGAUUUUCUUGGCUUUGGAUUUAGUGAUAAACCUAGGCUGCAUAGAUACUCCUUCUUUGAGCAGGCAGACAUUGUCCAGGGGCUACUAGUGGAACUGGGCCUUUCUCAGCAGAAGAUCAACAUCCUAGCCCAUGAUUAUGGAGAUACUGUUGCACUGGAGCUGCUGUACAGGUUUGAACAUGGUAAACCUGGACAUCUGAUGAUUAAUAGCCUGUGCUUGUCCAAUGGAGGAAUAUUUCCAGAGACAAACCACCCAAGAUUUAUACAGAAGCUGCUCAAGGACAGUGGGUGCUUUUCACCCAUCUUUACCAGACUUAUGAACUACUACUUCUUUUCAAAAGGAAGCUGCCUGAAGGGGUAUAUGCUUGGGGCUUUUUCCAGGAUCAGUGCAGUGUUUGGACCCCACACACAGCCAACGAACGCAGAAUACUGGGACAUAUGGACCAUGGUCCGGGUCAAUGAUGGGAACCUGGUGAUGGACAGUAUUUUGCAGUUUAUUAAUCAAAGAUGGAAGUACAGAGAUCGAUGGGUAAAAGCCCUGACUUCGACUUCUGUUCCAUUGCAUUUAAUCUAUGGACCAUUGGAUUGUGUGAACCCUCACCCUGAGUUUCUGGAUCUUUAUCAGAAGUUGGUACCGAAGUCAACAGUGUCAGUUCUUGAUGACCAUAUCAACCAUUACCCUCAACUUGAGGAUCCUUUGGGCUUUGAACAAGCCUACAUUAACUUCAUCAACUCCUUCUGAAUUGGCAAAUACGGCAUUGGAUCUUGACCAUUCUGGACUAGUUAAAUGGUCAUCGGCUGCUUCUACAUUGAGAAUUGUGGUAACAAACAAUGUUUAAUUUAGACUGAAAUAAAAAAAAAGUUACAAUAUUGGAGACCUGAUAUAAAACCCAGAAACCUUGGAAAUGCACAGGACAUUGCUUCUGAAAGAGAACGAGUGCAUUAAUGCUUUGGGUGUAACGCACAGUCGAGAGACAACCGUCCCCAAGAUGUUAAACCUUUCAGAUGUAGGACAACUGGCUGUGCAUUUCCACCUUUGACGAUUUAUCUUUUAUUUUAUGUUACUGAAUGUUUCACUGCCUUAAUGUGAAAUAAUUCAUUGGAGAUUACUGCAUGUAACACCCAUCAGUUGGGCACAUCCAACCAAUUGUAAAUAGCUCCUUAUGAAAAUAAUUCAUGGAGCAAGAACAGAACAGGGAAAUGGAGCACUUCCAGUUUCAGGAUGAUACAUUUUUUAGUCUAUGUUUGGAUAAGACACACCAAUCUUCAUCCAUUUAGUGAGUUUUUAAAGUUACCUACCUCUUUGCAAUCCAUUUCUUCGGUGUUCUUUACUAAGACACGAAGGAUAAUCUGACAGAGGUCUUCAAAGUUAUGAAGGAACUUGAUAAUGGCAGACAAAGAGAAAAUGUUUCCCAUGUGGUGGGGGUAGGAGAGAAAAGGAAUACAAAUCUAUAAGUUAGUCACUAGUAAAUCCAGUUGGGAAUUUAGAAAAAUGUAUUUAUCCAGGAGUAUUAAAAUAAGGAACUUGCUACCAUAUUCAGCAGUUCAGAGGAAUAGCAUAUCGCCUUCGAGGAAAAGUUAAGCAGAUGAAGUAUGAUGGGAAUUUACUAAUUGGGAACAAAAACAUUGGUACAGACCAAAUGGACAAAAUAGGAAUGUUUGAAUUAGUCCUUUGCAAAACCAUUCAAUUAUAUCACUGUUCAGCAUGAUUAAUUUGGUUACCUCAUAACACCUGUAGGCCUUGCAAGCUUUAUGAAAUAGUGCAGUUUUGUGGAACAGGAGUACAGAAUGGGAAUUUGGGUGUAGCAGUUAGCAUUUUCAUUUGUUUCAUAUACUGUUGGUGUACUCUGUUUCAUAUACUCUGAGAACCAAUUUGUAUAAUUUUCCAAGUUUUACUUACUUUCCAUCAAUUACAGUUUACUUGUUAGUUCAUGCUUCCUGAAGUUCAUAAAGUAAAUUUGAGAGCUGUGUUGUAUUCUGUAUGGGGCUGAAAUGUUUAAACUAUGACAGGUUGCAUAGACUAGGCUUGCAUUUCUUUUCAGUAGAUGAUUGAGGUAAUCUGUUUGAGUUGUUUCUGUUUCCUCUGCUGAGUUCGGAACAAGGUGAUGUAGCCUUAAAAUUAACAGCUAGGUCAUUCAGGGGUGAUGCCAGGAAGCAAUUCUUAAUACAAAGGAUGAGAAACAUCUGUUAAAAUUGUAAUUGAUUUUUUUUGUUAGGCUAGAGUUCUGGAACCAAAGUAAGCAAAUAGUUAUGAUACAGAAUGAUCUAAUUGAAUGGUGGAACAAGCUCAACUGGCUAAACGGUCCAUUCCCUAUUCCUAUAUAUAAAUUCAACACAAGGCAGACUCAUUCAUCAGUGAAACCUCUGAUAUGAAUUAUCAUUCCACUGGUAGCAGAAAGUUGAUUUGUCAGUUGAAUAUAUCUGCACAGUUCUGUAGCACACAACAAUCCAAUCUUCCAUGCAAAAAUACAAUUCCCUUGACUAACUGUAACUAACGCCAAACUCUUUAUACCCAGUUUGUACCAACUGGUAUACUAGUCACUAUUCUUAUCUGCCUGUCAAGAAACAACAAUUGGAAUUAAAAGGUAGUGAAUUCUCAAAAUGCAAUAUUGAUUAGUUAGCUUUUGAACUGGAAACAUAGCUUAAUGUUUGUGAUAAAAGCUUAACAAUUCAGGUGGGAUCCUGUAUUUCAGAUGUUACAUUGCACAUUUAUAAAACAAUCUGUAGAAUGCACCAGCUCUUCCUUGAUAUAUGAGUCCUUAACAUGAUUGAUUGCUACAAAGUAUUUUGAUUGACAGAUUUUUUUGAAAUGGCACUAUCAAAAAUGGUUAGUUAAAUCCACAAAAUCAAAGUUCAGGACUUUCAUUUGGCUACCAUAUGCAGGAAACACUACUUGGCAAAUUCUUCCAAAAAUCUCAUAUAAUGCAUGCUAUUUAUUUCCUCUCAAAUCAUUUAUCAAAAUUCACUCAGCUAUGUGCAUCUCUGAACUCUCCUGUUUUAUUUCUUUCAAGCUCUAAAUGUAUCAUCUACACACAUUUCCCUACUUAGUUUUCAUUCCUGAAAGAGUUUAAGACGCCUUACAUUUGUGCAAUCACUCUCCAUUUUUCUUAGACACAUAAGCAAUAUAUCACCUAAAUUACCUUCUCUUCCACUUUCCUUCCUUGUGAUAGCAUUCUGAACUAUGGAUCCCGACUCUUCAUUCAGGUUAAAGGAGAGGAAAAUAGAGCAUGCAUUUUGAUAUAAAAUUUAAGAUCUAUUAAGCUUUACAGUAAACUUAGGUCAGAAUUUGUUGGAAGAUUUUGUUGCUUGUUGCUAGUUAUACUUUCCCUGUCAAUAUUUUCCCUGUCAACUGAUUGCAACAGCAGUGCUGCGGCUUGUGGUGCUGCCUGGAGGGAACUGCUACUGAGAGCAACUGCAUUGCAAGAAUAUUGAAGUUGAACAAAAGAUGUUUCUGAUGAAUGUUUCAUCUAACCCAUAAAUGAAACUGAUUUUUCAAAAAAAAUUGUGAAUUUCAUACAAAAUGCAUAUACAAAGAUCAUAAUUAAUCUUUAUUUUAGUAAAUAAAUGUAGUUUCAGAAAAAA